AUGUCCCACCAGCGCGGGCACACCUCGGGACAGUUCAGUCUCGUUAACGAGUUUCGUCAAAGCAUCGAUAAUCAUAUUGAUACUUCCUACGAUAUGAGUUUCACCUUUGACAGCGAAGAUCCAAACCACAGAAAACAUCCACCUUCUAAUGACGAUGUACCGAAGAUUGAUAGAGACGAUAGUAUAAAGGUCGUACGGUCUCGUAAUGGAGAAAACAUAAGCAUGAUGACUAACGGCAGGCAACCUCAAAGCUCGGCAUCGUCAGGACAAAGCUCAAAGAAAAGUGGAUAUAAAUCCAGACAUUCACCAAUUCACGAGGGUCAACCAGGUAUUGUAUUCAAUUCUCAGCCCUCAGCCAAGAAGCAGGAGAAAAGUACCGGGUUUUUUGGGCGAUUCAACAAGAAGAAUGUGAAACCAUCAUCGACGACGUCAUCAUCCAAUAGCUCACAAUCAAACAUUAUUGGAGUCAAGUACGAUGCCACCGAGGAGAAAGAUGCUCCUGUAGAAGUGAUGUUUUUACCUAGUAGAAACAAAAAUGGCUCAGAAGAUAAGUCCGCGGUGGUAGCGGCAGCGGCUAUUAAGCACCAUCAACACCAGCAACUGCAUCAUAGAAAGGAAAACGUUAGCCAGAUUGGUCAAAACAGUACUGGUGGUAAUAGUCCAUUCAAUGUCAUCUAUGGAGACAGCCAUCAUGAUUCAAGGAUCAAAAGAACUAAUACCGGAUCAUCGUAUCAUAGUAAUAAGAGUGGCGGUGGAUCGGGAAUCCACAACACCACCCCUAAAAGAUAUGAUCCAGAACUAAAUUCUGUAUCAGCACAACCCGCGUUCAACAUAUAUAAUGGCAACUUUGCGGGCUCUAAUAGUAGUUUACUGCUAUCGACGAAUAAUAAUGUUCAACCAAGCUUCAGGGACGAGAUGGUCUCACCAACGGAGAUUCAACGAUCUAAUAACAAUGCUUUAGCUCAAAAAUCCUCUAUCGAGUCUCUAAAGGAUACUAUCAAAUCAGAAGGAAAGAAACUCCGAAAGAAAUUAUCCACCAACGAACUUGGUAUUACAGGGUCGGGAAGUAGCAGGAAAAAACAUAACGACUCACCAGACUCCGAUCAAGGCACAUCAUAUUUUUAUGGGAAUACUAUUGGUCAAGAGAUACAAAUAAGCAAACGUGGUGGAAGUGGUGCAAUUCAGCCAGGAAGUGCACCAAAAUUACAGAACAAGAAAUCUUUUUUAAGAAAGUUUUCUGGAGGUACGGUUAAGAAGACCGGUCCUAAUACAGGGAGAAAUGGUAGCGGUGAGUUAGCAAUGGAAUCAAGAGGCAGAAAUUUAAGUGGGAAUACCACAGAAGCGGAAUCAAAUGAAUUACGAACCGUUCCAAGUAUCGUCUCAAGUAUUGACAGCGGUAAAAAGAAACGUACUGCAGGGCUUGAAUUAUAUAAUGACAAUUUCUCAUCUCCCACUCUCGUUAGUAUUGCUUCUAAUACAAGCGGAAAUGGUAAAGGGGCACCAAAACACACUGGUAUGGUGAAGGAAGGGGAUCCUGAAUGGUAUGUUAAAAUCAUUAUGGAUAAGAAUCUCAAUAAUAAGCAACUCACAAAUCUCCAGAAGAAACUCAAGAAAGGCCCUCCUGAUUUUUUGACCCGAUUUUUGACCGCUCAAGGUCAUGUGGCGUUAUCGGUGGUUUUGCUUAAAGUUGCUAGGAGAAGUAUUAAAACUAAUGAGCAAUUAGACCGUGAAUUCAUAAUCUUAGGGUGCCUUAAAAAUAUCAUCAACGAUCAACGUGGGGCUGACUUGGCAAUUGAUACGCCCCAAUGUAUUAUGGCAUUGACAUCUUCUUUAGUGUCGCCCCGUCUUUCUACAAGAAAGUUGGAUACAGAAAUUUUGGCGUUGUUAAGUUAUUGGAAGCCUCCAAUUGGCCGCAAUGUGAUUUUGAAACAAUUUGAGAAGUUCGAUAGUAACGUCGUUGAAAAUGAGGAGUUUAUAUUCCAACCAUGGUUGUCUGUGGUUCAGAAAUCUCUUGAUAGUAAGGAUUUACUUGGAUCGGUGGUGAGAAGUACAGGCGAUGAAUUUAAAAGCACGAAUUCUCUACAAGAUUACUGUUUGACUACAUUGUUCUUGAUUACAUCCCUCGUGGAAGGUUCUGAUAAAUUAAGAGAACGUAUGAGAAUCAGAAGCUUAUUCAAGAAUAGUAGCAUCACUGAAAUUUUUGAAAAGAUGAGAGUCUUGAAAUAUAGCUUAAUUGAUGAACAAAUUGAUCGUUAUGAAGAGUAUGCUACGUUUGAUUACGAAGAAUUGAUGAAUAUAAGCCACGAGAAAGAUACUCCCGUGGAAAUCGAAGAGAUAACCGAAGAUUUAAUUCAAACUAAUAAGGGUACCGAACGUGAAAACUACUUAUCGUCUAUUGUUCAAAAUUUGUUACUUUUGAAUAACCGUGGCGCACCAAACGAGCCAAAAAAGAAAAAUAAAAUCCAGGGCCUCGGAAUUGGUAAUGUUACUGAUGAGAAUCCCGAAGAUGAUCUUAAUAGAAUGUAUUCUUUGAUUGACUCUGUUGUCUAUCAUAUUGUUUCUGAAAGCUCCAUGCCCGGGCUUGAUUCUGAAAAUGUUUUGAAUGGGGCAAUUCAAAGAAUUAUGGAUAGAAUGCAAACAGAUGACAUUGCACGCCGUGCAGUGAUUGAGUCUAAAGACUUAAGUGCGAGAUUACAAAAAAUCGAAAAAGAAAGAAAUGAAUUGCGUGAACAAUUGAAGUUGGGAUCUCAGGGGAGAAUUGAACAGCUUGUAGAGGUGAUUAAUGUUAAUGAAGCUGACAUCAAAAGUAAAGAUUCUGAGAUUUCUGAGUUGAAUCAAAGAGUUUAUGAUUUGGAAAAGCAACAUAAAUUGGAAAAUGAGCGUUACGAGAAGAAGUUACAAAAGUUGAUCAAUGCCAACCAUCACAGUAAUUCGAACCAUUCAAGCCCGGUGAAGAUGUCGCGCUCUGGCACUGUGAAGUCUCAAAAUAAAGUCCAGCCAGACUCUUCAAAUACAAUCAAUACUAAUCUAUUAGGCCCAAGUCAAAGUUUACAAGCGAUAAAGAGAAUGUCUCUUUUAGGAUCUCCAUCUGCUGGUCUUUUAGCCGAUGUCCUCAACUUAUCUAAUCAAGGCUCGCCAAAUAUCAAUAAUGGAGUGUCAUCCCAGAUAAAUUCUGUUAGCAUUAAUGAAGCCAUGAAAGAAGAAGCUUCGAACCAUAACUCUUUAUCUCCUUUUGAAGAUACUUUGAAGCAACAAUUAAACACAGACAAGACUGACUUUAAUGAUUUAAAAGACUCAUCUUCAUCGGCAACACCUCAAACUGCAGAAAAGGCUUCUUCUGUUCCAGAAGAACCUUCAAAAACGAGUGCUGCACCACCACCACCUCCUCCUCCUCCGCUUCCUCCUACACUUUCUAAAUUGAACACUGGUUCUGUACCGCCACCUCCGCCACCAAUGCCAGGGUUUUUAUCGCCUUCGUCUCCGCCGCCUCCUCCUCCUCCAGUUCCUUCGUUCUUAGCUCCAGGUGGCUCUCAACCUCCUCCACCCCCAAUGCCUGGUUUCUUAACUAAUAAAGGGGGCCCACCUGCUCCUCCUCCGCCGCCACCAUCUGGAAACAACACUUUAUCAAUGACAAGAUCGGUGUCUGUCAACUCUAUUGCUGGUAGUGGAGGCGCGUAUGUGCCAAAACCAAAAAAGAAGUUGAAACAAAUUCACUGGGAUAAGGUUGAUGACGUCAAGCCGACAUUCUGGGCCGAUAAGGUUAAGGCUAAUAUGAUUGAUGAAUUAUGGAAAUUGGGGGUUCUCGAAGAAGUUGAAACAUAUUUCCCAGCGAAGGAGAGCAAAAUAAAGGUCAAAACCAAGAGCAACAUUGCUGAAGGUGAGAAGGUUUCCUUUUUGAAUCGUGAUUUGGCUCAACAAUUUGGAAUUAAUUUACAUAUGUUUGCCAAUAUUCCAGAGAUGCAGUUCGUUUCUUCAGUGUUGAAAUGUGAUAAGUCCGUAACUGAAAAUAUCAAUGUGUUGGAAUUUUUCACAAAAGACGAUCUAGUUGAUGUCAGCGAUACCUUGAAUAGAAACUUUAGACCUUAUAGUACUAACUAUACCAUUAAGCCACCAACUGGACCUGAGAAAGACCCAGAGGAGUUGGAUCGUGCGGAUAGACUUUAUGUUGAGCUAUGUUACAACUUGCGCCACUAUUGGAAAUCGAGAUCCAGAGCGUUGUUGGUCCGGAGUACGUAUUCUAAGGAUUAUAAAGAUUUGGAACAUAAGUUGCAAAAAUUGGACUUGGCAAUUGAUGCAGUCAAAGAUUCUGCUGCUCUAAAAGAUCUUUUGGAUAUUGUGCGUUCUGUUGGUAAUUUCAUGAAUGAUAUCACUAAACAAGCAAAAGGUUUUAAGAUCGGAACUUUACAAAGAUUGAAGUUUAUGAAGGAUGACAAAAAUACUAUGACAUUUUUGCAUUACAUUGAAAGAAUUGUUAGAACUUAUUUCCCAAACAUUGGUGAAUUUGUGGAUGAUUUGGAGGAUGCUGUUGCAAUUGCAAAGUUAUCGGUUGAGCAAUUGGAAAAUGAUUGUAAAUCAUUUGAGCAACAAAUUCAAAAUAUUGAUGAUUCUGUGACUAGAGGUAAUCUAAGUGAUACAGAUAAGCUACAUCCGGAUGAUAAAGUAUUGUCAGUCAUUAAGAGAGAUAUUCCAAGAGCACAUAAUAAGUCUAAAUUAUUGAUCAGCCACUUGAAGGGGACAUUGGAUAAUUAUAAUGACUUGAUGGUCUACUUUGGUGAAAAUGCGGCGGAAGUUACUGCUCGUAAUACUUUUUUCCAAAAGUUUUCAAACUUUAUUCAAGAGUACAAGAAGGCACACGUAGAAAACAUUCAACGUGAAGAAGAACAGAGGGCCUAUGAAAUAAGAAAGAGAUUGAUUGAAAGUAGAAUAAAGAAGAAUAAUGAUAAUGCUAACGGUAUAUCCGAUACUCCAGAUAUUAAUAGUACGACAAAACCGGCGAAGAUCAAGAAUAAGAAAGCUGAUAAUGAUGGGAAGCAAGCUGAUGAUGUUCCUGAUCUUGUUGAUGAUGAUGAUGAAGAUGAAGAUGAAGAUGAAGAUGAAGAUGAUGGUGAUGAAGAUGAUGCGGAAAAUGCUGCCGAAGAGGAAGAAAAUGCCAGUACUGCCGUCAUCGACACAUUGCUACAGAAGUUACGGGAAAGUGGACCUGAAUCAAAUAACGCAUCGUCAAGAAGAAGAAUUGAAAGGAAACAAAGGUUAUCAUCUUAUGGCCUUAUAUCUGGUGAUGCAUCUGUUUUGAACUCCCCUACUGCUGGGAGCUUUUCAAGACUUAGCAUGUACGGAGCAAUUGCACCAGCGGAAAGUAGUAGCAAUGGUUCGCCAGAGUCAACGAACGGUGAGGAUGUUACCACCAGAGCUCAAAAUAUGUUGCAAAAGUUGCGAAUUGAUAAGGAGGAUGAUACGAUGGCACAACAAAAUCAACAGCCUCUCAGGGCUAAAGAUAAGCUACGCGAGAUGAAAAACAAGGAAAGAACUUCGUUGACCAAUCGUGGCUAA